AUGAGACCCAUCACCGCUUCCUUCCCGCAUCUUCGCAGGAUCAUCAACCUUGCUCAAGCACAUGUCCGAACCAUCGUCGGCACCAAGAACCAACCAAACAAGCAAAACCCUUUCCCUCAAAGCCACGAAACCGAAUUACUUUUGCCCGUCCACCACGUCGUCCUCAAUCCCCGGCGCGGCAUAUCCGUCCGUCCUCCAGGCAGCAGAAUUAAUUCUCCUGCAGCUUUCCCCUCCACCCUCCACUCCCCGACCCGCGACUACCAAAACCACCCAACCCCCCUUUUCUUUGCUGAGACUUUCAUCCUGAUCCCGCCGGCAAACCGGGCUGAGAGUCUGCCAGGCAUUGAAACCAUGAUUCUGUGGUUACAUGCCGCCGACAUUGUCGGAAAGAGAAAGCAUGGUUCUGAUUCUCAAGGGCAUGAUCUCGCCGCGGGCUCUGGUGCCCAACUCAUUGGAGCUGCUUGGUCUUACUGGAGCUACCCGGCCGCGUUGAUCUUCCACCCCUCUGCAACUUGGCACAAAGCUGCCCUCGAAAGCUUUGAGAUGUCGAUGCGGGUUUCCAGGGGGCCACCAGGCCUUUACCCGAUGUUUACGACAUACACAGAAGCUGGUGUGAAAUCCUUGACCUUGAUUCAUCUUCUUUGGCCGCUUGACGUUGUACUGGCUGACUCCGUAAGUCACUUGUCACCAUCCAUUUCCGACGUCCUUCAAUGCUGUAGCCUGAUUGAACGCCUCUCGCUUGGUAUGGUUAGCCCGCCAAUGGUGGAUAUGGUCAAUAUGGAAGGCACAAAUGCCAGGCGUUUGGAAGAGCAUUACCCAAUGCGGCAGUGUACGCUUGUAGCCGAGGAAUCCUCUCCCAUCGGCCCCGGCAAAGGCGCUCUGCCGCUGAUUUGA